AUGUCGUCAUCAGCAUCAUCAGCACCACGAAAAUCAGGACAUGUAAAGUUCUUUAAUUCGACCAAGGGAUACGGAUUUAUCAUUCCUGCGGAAGAAUCAGGAAGCCCAGUCGUCGAAGUAUUUGUACACCACACAGCCAUCAAUGGUGAAGGAUUCAAAAGUCUUGCCGAGGUCGAAUACGAUUUGAUCCAGGGACCUAAAGGAAUGCAAGCUGCCAAUGUAUCAGGCCCAGGGGGAGCACCAGUACAAGGUGAUCCAAAUGCACGACGACCUUAUCAACAACAACGUCGAAAUGGUUACAGCAACAAAUACAUCACGGGAGAUGGUCAAUACCCACCAGGAGGAUAUGCUGUGUAUGGAAUGAUUCCAGGUGCGCCUUAUGGCUAUGCCAUGUAUCCUGCCGCUGCCUAUCCUCACCCUUCGGCAUUUGGUUAUUUCAACGCAACCCAAGGUGGUCAGCCAAUGUAUGCUUAUCACCCUCCUCCUCAGCAACAGCAGCAGCAACCACCCACACCUCAUCAACAACAUCAACAACAACUACAACAGCAGCAGCAGCAACAGCAGCAACAGCUACCUACAAAUAAUAAUGCUCCAUCAUCGCCAUCAUCGCCUUCUAUGGCACCCAUGGUUGCCAUGUAUUAUCCAUACCCACCACAUCAGCCUUACUUUGGUCCUUCGGUUGCACCGCCAACCACUGGAUUGACAUCAACAUCAUCAUCAUCAUCCACAUCCAAUCAGACCAAUAAUACUACAUCACGGGAAUUGGAUACAACAAUGUUGCUGGCACAAACGCAUCAAGCUACUACUACUGCUCCAGAGAAUGAGGAACAACAUCAACCAUCAUCAUCGUCGGCCACUGCCGACCCGCCUCAUUGA